ACUGACUGCCACUGCCUCCUUUACGUUGUUCUGAAACGCCCAGCUUCUUCCUCUUGCUAAGCUUUCAGUAUAGGGUGGGACAGCGGAAACGGCGUCUGGCUACGCUGACAUUUCGUUUUAUAUUUGUGGAAAACCUUAAAUCUUCAUCACAAUGCCGGCAUACCAUUCAGGCCUGAUGGAUUCCGACACCAAACUGGUGGGAAACAUGGCACUGCUUCCACUUAAAACGCAAUUUAAAGGACCUGCUGCCAAAGAGACCAAAGACACGGAUAUUAUUGACGAGGCCAUCUAUUACUUUAAAGCUAACGUGUUCUUCAAGAAUUAUGAAAUUAAGAAUGAGGCUGACCGGACAUUGAUCUACAUAACCCUGUACAUCUCUGAAUGCCUCAAGAAGCUUCAGAAGUGUAGCUCACGAGGCCAGGGAGAAAAGGAGAUGUAUACACUUGGAAUUACUAGCUUCCCCAUCCCAGGGGAGCCCGGCUUCCCACUCAAUGCCAUGUAUGCCAAGCCCACCAACAAGCAGGAGGAAGAGAGCAUGAGGGCCUACCUGCAGCAGAUUCGACAGGAGACCGGCCUGAGGCUUUGUGACCGUGUGUUUGAUCCCCAGACAGACAAGCCCAGCAAGUGGUGGGUCUGCUUUGUGAAAAAACAGUUCAUGAACAAAAGCCUAUCUGCUCCUGGACAGUAGAUGGCACCUCAAGAUGCCUGCUGGUACUUACGUCUGUGCAAUGUGGAAGAAGUGUUUUUUAUGUCCAUUCCCCCUCUUGUAUGUGCAUUCACAUACCUAUGUUUGGCCAAUUUUUGUACUCAAGACAGUUCAGUUUAAUCUAAUCAGGUUGUGCUUAAGCUUAAUAAAAUAAACAAUCUUUAAAA